CCGCCUCCAUCGUCGCCUCCGCCAUGCUCGCCCGCACCAUCGUCAACGAAUACCUCCCCAAAGAACUCCGCACCAUCAUCUUCUCCGCCUUCCACCACCGCUUCGACUGGUUCUCCACCGAACACACCAUUGUCAUCAAAGAAGCCGAAGACCUCACCUCCAACGAACUCUACGACGCAUCAAGCACUUACCUUCAGACCCGAAUCUCCUCCAACAUUCGCCGACUCAGAGCCAGCAAGAACAAGGAAAAGAAGAGCAUAAUUCUCUCCCUCGACGACGGCGAAGAGCUCAUCGACGACUUCCAAGGCGUCAACUACAAAUGGCAACUAAAAAUCCCAAAGGAGAAUCACGGUAGGAGUAACGUUGGGAAUCCCCGUUGGGAUUUCAGUUCGAACCGUGAAGUCCGUUGGUUCAAGGUCACUUUCCAUAAGAAAUACAAAGACGUUACUGUUGAUUCAUACCUUCCUCAUAUUCUGGAAAUGGCGAAGGAGAUCAAAGCAGCAGAUAGAAGGUUGAAGCUUUACAUGAAUCAAAAUGAAAGCUGGAAGGCAAUUGACCUGCAGCAUCCAGCAACAUUCGAGACGCUGGCAAUGGAAGCAGACCUCAAAAAAACAGUUCUUGAAGAUUUAACGAGAUUUAUUCAGAGGAAAGAGUACUAUAAA